ACUUUCCAUGCUGAAACAGAAACACCCUCAAUAAUGCAUAAAAUUGCAUCGCCAAACAGAAACCACUUUUUUUCUCAAUUUCAUAGAGAUUGUAAACCAGUGGCAUCUUGAAAAUUUUUCCCAAUUUUAGGGCAUCGAAGUCUUCCAGAUAAUACCUGCCCCUAUGUGAAGAGAUCCACGGUACUCCCUGCGCUUAUAUAAAGAGAACCAGCAAACCCACUGUGUCACAUUCACCAACACAUACUGAGAGCCUCUCUGCAGAAUCACUAAUCCUCCCGGCUAUGGAUCAGCCCAAGGGCAAUUGGAUUAAGCUUGACCAGAAUGGAACUGGGCCUGGAGCACGAAGUUCCCAUGCUAUAGCCAUAGUAGGACAGAAGGCUUAUGUUUUCGGCGGCGAGCUCACGCCACGUGUCCCUGUCGACAACGACAUCCACGUCUUUGACCUACAGGAUCUGACGUGGUCCGUCGCAACCGUCACCGGCGACGUCCCUCCGCCACGAAUCGGCGUUGGAAUGGCGGCAGUCGGUGGGACCAUCUACGUCUUCGGUGGCAGGGACGGCACACACAAGGAACUCAACGAGUUCUACUCUUUUGACACAUUUAGCAACAAGUGGACCCUACUCUCCAGUGGCGACGCCGGACCUCCCCAUCGGAGCUACCACUCGAUCGCCGCCGAUCACCGCCGGGUCUACGUGUUUGGUGGCUGCGGCGUCGCCGGCCGCCUCAACGAUCUGUGGGCCUUUGAUGUUGUUGAGAAGGUUUGGAUCAAAUUUCCAGGCCCUGGAGAGGCCUGCAAGGGAAGAGGUGGGCUGGGCCUGGCAGUGGCCGAAGGAAAAAUUUGGGUUGUGUACGGGUUCUCCGGAGAGGAGACGGACGACGUCCAUUGUUUUGACUUGACCCAUGAAAAAUGGGCCCAAGUGGAUACCAAGGGUGAAAAGCCCAGCCCAAGAAGUGUGUUUUCGUCCCUUGUAAUUGGAAAAUACAUAUUCAUAUAUGGUGGCGAAGUAGACCCCAGUGAUCAAGGUCACCUCGGUGCCGGAAAAUUUUCCGGUGAGGUUUAUGCAUUGGACACUCAUAAUUUAGUGUGGAAAAAAUGGGCCGACACCGAUGAUAACCAUCCUGGGCCACGGGGAUGGUGUGCAUUUUCUGCUGGACAAUUGCAUGACAAGGAGGGACUAUUGGUAUAUGGUGGUAACUCGCCUAGUAACGAUCGGCUCGAUGACAUUUUCUUUUUGAGUCCUUGUUUGGAUGUGAAUGAAAAAUAAUUAUCUCGAUUGUGUAGCAAUAUGUGCUAGUCUUUUGUGUGCUUGCAGGGACUCCGUUUGUGUGCAUUGCAAUUGUGACGGUAGAUGUUGUUUUUGUGAAUGUAGUGCUCAUAUGCAGCUGUAAUUAUAUGAAUAAUGCUGUGUUUUUCUAUAGGUUUCGGCUUUUUAUUUUA